AGCUUCUCCAACGCUCUGAUGAAGAACAUAAUGGCCAUGUUGGUGUGGCUGGCCCUCAGCAUCAUCAACAUCAGUAUGGUGCACACGUUUCUGCGACACAGUCUCUUCUACGAAAAUCCUCGCUACGUCAUGUUCAUCAGCAUGGUGGUGAACGAUGCCCUGCAGCUGACCUUGGUGACGGCUCUGUAUGUGGUCAGCUACAUCUUCAGGAAGAUCCACGCCUCAGUCUGCUGCCCUCUGGUGCUGACGGCCGUCUUCACCACCCGCUCCACCCCUCUCAUCCUGGCCGGCAUGGCCGUGGAGCGCUUCGUCUCCAUCUGCUUCCCGCUGCACUACGGCCAGAUGUGCACCAUCCAGCGCACCCUCGUCCUCGUCGCCGUCAUCCUGGUCCUCAGCGCGGCGCCUCCCAUCACGGACCUCCUCAUCACCCUGGUCAAGGAGCCUCUGGGUUUCUUCCACACCGACAUUUUCUGCGACCACUCGCUUCUCUUUCGAGACCCCACCAUCUACUACAAGAACUGCGUGUUCGAUGGGGCGUACCUGUCCUUCGUGGCCCUGACGCUGCUCUACACCUACUGUAGGAUCAUGCUGGCGGCCCGGGCCGCCUCCGCCGGCCUGGCCUCGGUGAGGAGAGCCAGGAACACCGUGCUGCUCCAUGGUGUGCAGCUGCUGCUGUGCAUGCUGGCCUUCGUGGUGCCGUCGCUUCAGGCCGCUCUCAUCUCUCUCUUCCCCCGGCUGAGCCUCGAGAUCCGCUACAUCUUCUUCCUGCUCGUCUACAUCAUCCCUCGUUUCCUGAGCCCCGUCAUCUACGGUUUCCGGGACGAGCUGUUCAGGAAGUACUGGAUCCGGUACCUGUCUUGUCGGGGUCGCCGGGUCGGUCCGGCACUACUGAAGAUGAACCUGCCGGCAAACCAGUUCGUGCAGGGAAACCAGUUCCUGCAGACAAACCAGUUCCUGCAGGCAGACCAGUUCCUGCAGGCAGACCAGUUCCUGCAGGUGGACCAGUUCCUGCAGGGAAGCCAGUUCCUGCAGGCAAACCAGUUCCUGCAGGCAAACCAGUUCCUGCAGGCAAACCAGUUCCUGCAGGCAAACCAGUUCCUGCAGACAGACCAGUUCCUGCAGGCAGACCAGUUCCUGCAGGUGGACCAGUUCUUGCAGUGA